AAAUAUUCAACACGCAAAACCAGUGAGUUCAAAAAAUAAACGACAUACAAAUCUUGGAGUAGCUUCAACUUAUAUAUAUAUUAUAUAGUAUAAAAAAAUAAUCAGAGUGUUUUACACUAGCCAACAAGCAAACAAAUACGAAACGAAACGAAACCAGUCAGAAACAUUUUUAAAAAAGAAGAACUACCUCAGAAAGCAGAGAAAAGUGAACCGAAAAGUGUACAAAAAUCGAAUUAAAUCUUUUGAAAAAAUCAGUACAAAGCCCCGCAGUUUUCAAAGACAACUGCAUAGCCAUGCCAGAGUUUGAGCUUAAAUGGCGUCUUCAAUUUUAGCCCAGAGCAGCACAGGCGCUACCGUCGACAGCAGCAAUUUGGGAGCAACAUCUGCAGCAGCAGCAGCCGCAGUAGCAGCAGCAACAUCCGUGGAGGCCACUGUGUCCAGUCUGCACAAUACCCAUCUCAAUCAGCUGAGCAGCCUCAGCCAGCACUACACAACGACCUACCAUCACCCAGUGCAUCCUCAUCACUACCAGCAGCAUCAUCACUAUCCGCAGCAGCAGCAGCAACAUCUCCAGCAGCAGCAGCAACACCAGCAGCAACAGCAGCAGCAGCAGCAGCACUGGGACUACUAUGCCAGGCAGCAGCAGCAACAUCAGCAGCAGCAGCAACAGCAACAGCCAACGGCCGCCACCAACGGCAACAGUAGCAACAGCAACAGCAGCAACAGCAACAACACUACGGUCCCAGCUCCACUGGGCAGCAGCAACAGCAGUAGCAAUCAUGCUAAUGUUGCAAUUGGCGGCAGCAACACUGGCCAGCGGCACGGCGAUGCCAAUGCCAAUGCCAUUUCCGCCGCCUCCGCCGCAGUAGGAAAUCCGGGUAGCCAAGUAAAUCCCAGUGCCAACUCGAAUUCGAACUCCAAUUCCAAUUCGAACGGCAGCUACACGCGUCCCUGGGAAAUGGAGUCCAAGGACAAUGGUCCACAACCUCAACCCCAACAGCAACAGCAGCAGCAACAACCUCAUCAUCUGCAGUUAAAGAGCGGCUUUGAACCCUUCUCCAAGCUGCCCUCCUUUCAGAGUCAGUUCCAUGGCUUCAAUGAGCAACUGCUGCCGGAUGGAACACCCAUGCCAGUGCCAAUAGGAGCAACAGUAGCAGCAACAGCGCCACCUGGCGGAGGAUCUGUAGUAGUACCACCUCCUGCCGCUCCACCCACUGGAGGCUCCCUGCAAACGGUGGCCAUGUCGCCCGCCAGCAUCUCAGUCAGUUCACCCGGGAUGAUGAGUGUGGGUUCGCCUUUGACCCAGCUAUCGGGAAUGCAGACCAGCAUUACUCCGCCCUCCGCUCAGGUGGGCAGUUUUCCGGCUCCACCGCCGCCGAAUGCCUUUGCCCAUCAUCAUGCUCUGAAUCCGCAUCAUCAUCAUAGAGGAGCAACUACUGGUUAUCCCACUCCCUAUGCCGAACUGCCACUCUAUCCGGGAUUCACCCCCUUGAGUGUGAAGAAGGAAACGAGCAGCAGCGACUUUGAGAUGCUGCUCAAGAAGGAGGACUUUGAUCUCAGCAACAGCGGUGGACAGAUACACCAUCCACAUCUGCAGCAUCCCAUUCCGAUGGGCAUGCACACCCCCACCUCGUAUGAUGGCAACAAUAGCAACAACAGCUAUCCACAGGCAACGGGUGGAAAUGGUAGCGGAAAUGGAAGUCAUACACCGCACACGACCACCUCGAAUACCCAACUACCCACGCCCACCACAACCACACCGGUGAAGGUCGAGAAGCUCCUCCAAUCGCCGAUAGCCCGAUUGGAGGCCCGGAAGAAGGAGCGCCGGAAACAGCGGCCCAAUUCGCUGGAGUCCAGUGCCGAGAGCGAGGCCAGCGGCAUGGACGUAGACCCCAGCAAUCCUGGCCAAGUGGACGCCGUGUCCAGCACGGCCAACUUCAAGAGUCCGCUGAGUGCUUUGGGGAUGGGGGAUAGCAACGAUGCCAAUGCCAGCGGAUGCGACAAGCAGUCGAAGAAGAAGCGCAAGCGGUGCGGCGAAUGCGUGGGAUGCCAGCGGAAGGACAAUUGUGGGGAGUGCGCCCCCUGCCGAAACGACAAGAGCCACCAGAUCUGCAAGCAGCGCCGCUGCGAGAAGCUCACCGAGAAGAAGGAACCCAAAGCCAAAACCAUCGUCUUCGGAGCCGAUGGUCAGCCCGUUCGACCCGAUUCGAAACGCGGCCGGGGCAAGGGAAAGUCGUCUGGUUCCGGCAAUGGAUCGGUUAACGCCACAGGUAUCGCCGCCGGCAAUGGAACACCAACAACUGGGCAGUCACGCGCCCGCAAAAACUCCACCAAAGCAAACAAACUGAAUGCAGCCGCUGCAUCAGCAACAUCGCCUCGUCUAAGUCCAGUGCCGGCAGCAACACUGUUGCCGCAGCAAUCGCCAAAUACCACAACAGCAACAGGCAACCUGCAGCAGCAACAGCAGCAGCAGCAAUACCAGCAGCAUCAGCAACUUUUGUCGCAGCAGCAACUCCUGUCGCAGCAGCAGCAGCAACAGCAAUAUCAGCAGCCGCAGCAGCAACAGCAGCACUUCCAGCAGCAACAGCACUUGCAGCAGCAGCAGCAGCACGCACAGCAGCAACAUUUGCCACAGCAGCAGCAUCAGAUAACCGCACAAAUCCAAACCAUGAAGGAUCAACCGCAGCAGCCCAUGGCACCCAUGGCCUUCUACCCCACAUGGCAGGCGGAUCCGUCGCAGGGCUGGCAGAACCAGUUCAUACAGCAGAUACCACAGAACACACCGGCCAUAACGUCCCUGAACUCGCUGGACUUCCAGACGCAGUCGUAUGCGUAUCCCUCGAACGGCUACGUGCAGUCGGGCCUGGGAUUUGAUCCGAAUUACGGGCGAUCUCCGUAUGCGGCGCCAGUGCAGCGCUACGACUUUCAGAGUCAACAGCUGUCCACUGCUCCGUCGGCCAUCAACCAGGUGGGAUUUGCACCCACCUACGCGGGUCAGGUGUCCGCCGCCCCAGUGCCGCCGUCGCAGCAGCAGCAGCAGCAACAACAGCAGCAGCAGCAACAGCAGCAACAUUUGGGAGCGGAACUGAACAAGACGAUGUCGUCGGGAAACGACACGCCUGGAUAUCCGCGGGUGAGCAGCGUGCCGCCGCGCUCACUCAAUUGUAACGGGUAUUCAGGCGAUUACAGCGGUUCCCCAACCAACAGCAACAACAACAACAGCAGUAGUAGCAACAACACCACCAGCAACAACACCAACAGCAAUUCCACCACAGUGGUUAGUGGUGGCACCACCACGCCAGCACCACCACAACAACCACCCACUGCGGUGGCCCAGCCCGCCUCCUCGCCCAUGCAGCCACCCAUUCAGGCGGUGCCCCAAUCGCCGACGCGCAACAGCAACAUGUUGCAGCAACAGCAGCAACAUCAGUCGCCCACGGGCAACGGGCUGCAGCCCUACGUUGCACCACAGCAGCAACAUCUUGCCACCUCGCCACCCAUGCAGGAUUGGAACUGGCAGCAGCAACAGCAGCAGCAGCAGCAACAACAGCAACAGCAAUCCCUGGCCGCCGAGGGUUAUGCCUCCCAGGGCGAGCGACUUCAUCUAAACACCCGCAUCAAGUCGAUGAUUAUGCGUAAGAGCGAUCCCAAGGAUCCGCCGCCGGACUUGCAGCAGCAACCUGUGCAGGUGCAACAGCAGCAGCAACAGUCGGCGGUGCAGCAGCAACAACAGACCGGUCAUUUUUUAUCGUAUAGCCACCAUCUCCGGCCCGAAGCGGCGCUGAGCGCCAACGGACCGAGCAGUGCCACGCCCACCCACCCCAUGCAGCAGCAACAAGUGCAACAGCAACAACAGCAGCAGCAGCAGCAACAGCAGCAGCAACAGCAGGCUGUGGGUGGUUCAGUGGCCGCCGAGCCGAUCGGAGGUGGUGGCGAUCACAUCUGGAAGCCACACCAUGCCAACUCCUUCAAGAAACCCAGCGUGGUUAGUGGCUAUCCAGGAGCAACGGCAGAUGCCCAAUUGCAGCUGCAGUUGCAGCAACACCAGCCAGGACAGCACACGACCAUCAGCCAUUCGGUGGAGCCGCCAUCGGCGGUGGUGGUGCCACCACAACAGCAGCAACAGCAACAACAUCCUCUACCUGUGCCUCCAGCUCAGCCCAAGAAAUCGAGGAGUCGCAGCAAAGCCAGCAGAGCAGCGGCAGCAGCAGCAGCAGCAGCGGAAGCAGCGGCGGAGAUCGAUAGAGAUCGCAACUCCACGGAUCCAGGAGGUGGUGGUCUGAAGCCUUUAUCUGCUCACUAUCCCCCGCAUCCGCAUGGAGGACCAGGACCAGGAGGACCUCCCGGCCAGGAUUACCAUUCGCAGUAUAUCAAAACGGAACCCGGUCUUCUGGGACCCCCGCAACCCAAUAAAAUGGAGGGUUACGAGCGAAACUACCAAAACUUCAUACAAUAUGCGGACUUCUGUCAAAAUGAUGGUCAGGGGCAGCCGGUGCAGCAGCAUCAUGGUCAUGGUCAGCAGGAUUACGCCGGCUAUCAUCACAAUUCCGCUUAUUAUGGAGCGGGCGCCAGUAGUUUUCAACAGAAUUUCCAACAGAAUUUCGUACCGGGAUACCAGCACUCGACUUAUGGAGGAAGAGGUAAACCACCAGGUAGUCAACCCACCCAUCAGAUCCACGGACAUGGUCAGAGUUUAAUGGAGCUGGACAGAAAACCCGAUACGAAUAGCAUUAUACCACUGCCCACGAACUAUGAGAAGGAUAUACCCGCCUAUCCAAUUCCGCCACAUCGAUAUGCGUUGGGUCACGGGGCGCCACCCCAUCUAAGUCACCACGGGAUGCUGGAACCGAAGAUCGAGGACAUGGGAAUGCUGGGACAUGGCGGGGGCUACGCCUAUCUGGGCAGCGAGGGAAAACCCCUGAAUAAUGGAUUCUCCUGCUGUCGACAGGGUGGCACAAGGCCGCCCACCGCCGAGCAUCUAAAAGACGGAACCUGCCUGGGAUUGGGUAUUCAACCGAAGGAGGAACUCAUCGACGAGGAUGAGCUGAUCGAUGCCCAUGGAAAUGGUCUGAAACCCAUAGGUGGAGUGGGCAAGGCAAAGGGAAAACAGAAACCAGAUGAAAUACCCGAGAUCGUGGUGAAGCACGAGAAGAUCAACCCGCUGUUCGAUACCACGGAUCGUUUGGAGAAGGGCAACAAGACCGAGAUUCCCGAGUGCGAGUGCUUCCAGUCAGACAAGAAUCCUCCGGAACCGGGCACUUACUACACGCAUCUAGGCACGGCCUCUUCUCUAAUGGACUUACGAAGAGAAUUCGAGGAGCGUUGCAACCUCACGGGUCGCCAGUUGAGGAUCGAAAAGAUCGUCUACACGGGCAAGGAGGGCAAGACCUCGCAAGGAUGUCCGGUGGCCAAGUGGGUAAUCCGAAGAGCUGAUCUCGAAGAGAAGAUUCUGGUGGUGGUCAAGAAACGACCGGGACACAGAUGCAUAGCUGCUUAUAUUGUGGUCUGCAUGGUGGCCUGGGACGGAAUGCCUCGCUUGGAGGCGGACAAUGCCUACAAGAAUCUGAUCCCGAAGCUCAACAAAUACGGCCUGCCCACCACGCGAAGAUGUGCCACCAAUGAGAAUCGCACAUGUGCCUGUCAAGGACUCGAUCCGGAAUCGUCGGGUGCCUCGUACUCCUUCGGCUGCUCCUGGUCGAUGUACUAUAACGGCUGCAAGUACGCCCGCUCCAAGACGGUGCGAAAGUUCCGGUUGUCGGUGAAGAGCGAGGAGGCGGCCAUCGAGGAUCACAUGAACCUGAUCGCCACCCUGUUGGCGCCGGUCUUCAAGCAGGUGUGUCCGCGUUCCUACGACAAUCAGACGAAGUACGAGCACGAGGCCAGCGAUUGUCGCCUGGGUCUGGAGCCCGGGAAACCCUUCUCCGGAGUCACCGCCUGCCUGGACUUUUGCGCCCACUCGCACCGGGAUCUCCACAACAUGCAGGAUGGCUGCACGGUGCAUGUGGCUCUGCUGAAGCCCGGCAAUCGCGAUACCCGCCUACCAGACGACGAGCAGUUCCACGUCCUGCCGCUCUACACGAUGGACGGCACGGACGAGUUCGAGAGCGUCGAGGGUCAGAGGGACAAGCACCGCACCGGGGCGGUGCAAAUGCUGGACAAAUUCCCCUGCGAAGUACGCGUUCGAUCCACACCUUUGAUACCCUGCAGAAGACAUGGCAAAAAGCGAAAGGACGGCGACGAAACGGCGCCACCGGAUGGCGAUCAAGAUGCCGUGGGCGAUGCGAAUAGCCAGAGCAGCUCCUCCAACGGAGCCCAAUCGCAGGCCAACAACCAGCAGAGUAGUCCACCCUCUUUAGGAGCACCGCACAUCAAGAAGGAGAAUGGAUCAGGAGGAGUGGCGGCCAAUGGAGCGACAACCGCAGGCAAAUCAAAGGGCAAAGGGAAGUCGAAUCAGUCCAAUAACUCCAGUGCUUCCACGCCGGGAUCAGCGCCUCCCUCAACGCCCUCGCCCAGGUGUCAAACUCCAGUUACGAAUAAUCCCAGUCCCGCGGGCAGUGCUUUCAGUACGCCACCCGUACAUGGUUCCAAUCCCAGCCAGAAUUCCCAGAGUAAUGGCAAUCCAACGGGUCAGCAGCAGCAGCAACAACAACAGCAGCAGCAACCCGGUGGCCAACUGAUGAGCUCCAAUUCCAGCCUCAUGAACAUGGCCACCAUGAUAGACACCUUUACGGAUGCCCAGCUCCAAUCGAAUCAGAUCUCAAGCACGGUCCUGGAUUCCCCGUACUCCUAUGACUAUCAAACGGGUUCUUAUAUUGAUUCGAGGAACUACUAUGGCCAGUGGCCAACGCCGCAUGCGCCCAUGGGUGCCAUGCAGGUGGGAGGAGGAGCACCUGGAGGAGCGGGAGCACCAGGAGGCGUUCCUGGAGCAGUUCCUCCCCUAACGCCCACCACGCCCUCAGCUCAGCAAUUGGGUGUCCCUCCUCCAGUGACUUCUGUUCCCGGAGGAACCUCUACUGGAACCGGUCCCUCACCUCUGCCACCCACAGCUCCUCCCUCUGCGAUUACACCCAACACCCAGCUAGAACCGAGCAAUGGUUAUGGCAGCGGAUCGUAUCAAACUUUGGUCAGCAAUCCAGGAUUACAACCCUCAAAUCCCACGGAAGUGCAGCAGCAACAUCAGCAGAGUCAACAGCAACAGCAGGCGGCGGGCUUAACGGGAGGUUCCGUGCUACCCAGUAAUCUGCCUGUAGGAGCUCCCGUUGACCACCUGGUCAAGAGUCGCCUGAUCAGCGAGGAGAAUCCCGAUUCGACGACCCUAGUGAAUCACCAUCAUCAUCACAAUCUGGCGGCGGAAUCGAAACUCACCGCCUUGACGGCCAUGCAACCGAUGACACAGCUAGCUCCGCUGACCACCGCCUCGCAUCAUCCGCAUCCACAUCCGCAGGAGGGAUUCGUGAAACCGAAGCCGCCGCCCAGUGAUUAUACGGCCCAGUACACGGCUCAGUAUCCGAAUAACUACCAGAUGUACCCGCCUCCUCCACCGCCUCCCCAUUCCGCCUACUCCGCCUACGAUGCGUAUCAGAAUAUGAACUACAACUAUGGUUACCAUCAUCAGGCGUACUCUCCCUAUGGCAUGUAUCCCCAGCAGACGCCUCCUCCAACGCCACCGCCUCCUUCACCCAAUUGGAAUAUGUACGGUCAUCAUCAGGGGGGUUCUGUUAAUUCCGGCUAUGGUGGCAACCCGGGAAAUCCUGCUGCCGGUUCCCUGAUAACCACCCAUGGCGGUGGCGUAACCCCAGCGGGUGUGGGCCUCCAGAAACCCAUAGUUCCCAUGCCUGGACCACUGCAUCAUCAGCAGGUGCAACAGGUGCAGCUGCAACAGCAGCAGCAACAACAGCAGCAGGAGGCGCCACAAACGAUAUUGCCCGAACUGAGCAACUCGGAGACCAUAGCCACCCCUACCCCUACUCAGGAAUCCCCCAGCAAUGAUGGAGGAUCGGGAAACCAAGGUGGAGGAAAUCAGACACCCACGGAUGUGGCGCCACCACCUCCUCCAGCUGCCUCGCCGGGAAGCACCAACUCGAGCAAAAUCGAACCCAUUGGCGAGGUGGCCGAGAUCAAUGAGAACAUCGAGGCCUUUGCCGAUCCCCAAAUGGGUGGAGUGGCCAUUGCCCUGAAUCAUGGCAGCGUCUUGAUUGAGUGUGCCAAGCAUGAGAUGCAUGCCACGACGGCGGUGCGAAGGCCAGAUCGUCAUCAUCCCACGCGAAUGACCCUGAUCUUCUACCAGCAUCGCAAUCUCAAUCGAUGUCGCCACGGGAUCGACGAGUGGGAGGAGAAGAUGCGGGUGAAGAAGAUCAACACGGAUCUGGAUAACAAAGCCAAAGAGGAGCGCGAGCGGCUGAUCAAGAAGGCGGCUGGCGAGGAUCUGGAUGAGCUGGACGAGGAUGCAAUGAUGGAUGAGCCGCCGGCGGUCAUUAAAAAGGAGGCCAACGGUGGGCAGCUGAAAAACGGAGCCAGUGGCAGUAAGAAAAAGAAGAGUAGCAGCAGUGAGACGAAGAAGAACCAAUCAAGCGAGCAGUCAAAAAACGAGAAGGUUGCCCUCCACGCACCAUCAACCACACUGACGACCACGUCGUGGACGACCCUGUUCCCCAUGCAUCCGUGCGUGGUUUCGGGGAAAUAUCCGGAGGGCAAUAGCAGUCCAACUUCGUCCACGAACAACGCCGCUACCAACGGUGGGCAGCAGCAGCUAGCUCCGCCUCUUCCUCCCCCUGGCAGUGGAUUAAUCCACCCACCACCCACUGGCACCGCAGCUCCAGUGCCGCCCACUCCGCAGCAGCAGCAGCAGCAGCAGACCUGAAUCUCUUCAGGCUGAGGGGCUACUACUGGUAACCAGAAGUAUCCCUAAUCUUAAGCACAUCCACACAAAUCAACCCUGUUCGGGAUUUCAAAAAACGUUGAUUUUGAAAAUAUUUAAAAAAGGGUUUUGGGAAAAAGAAAUGAUAAAUUAA